CGUGCGGCAGUUUCAUUUUUUCGUUUAUUUUAAUUUAAUUGCUAAAGAGAACUAAACAUGGCGCCGGUGAAGAAGCCCAAGGCACAGCAGAUAGCCAAACAGGCUUCGCCCACUAAAAAGCCAGAGGCGGUCAAAAGUGUGGUCUCCGGACAGAUCAAGAAAAAAUUGCCAAAGGCCAAGCCCGAGGACCAGAAGGAGCGCAAGGAGCGCGGCAUCGUGUUCAUCAAGCACUUGCCGCACGGAUUCUUUGAGCAGCAAUUGCGCCAGUAUUUCAAGCAAUUCGGUCGCGUGCUGCGUGUCCGGCUGGCCCGUUCGCCACGCUCUGGCAACAGCAAGGGAUUUGCCUUCGUCGAGUUUGAGUAUCCGGAGGUGGCCAAGGUGGCCGCCGAUACCAUGGACAACUAUCUGAUGUUCCAGAAAGUGGUCAAGGCGUCGUACAUUCCGCCCGAAAACCAGAAAUUCAACUACUUCAAGUCCUCCGUGAAGAGGGUACACAACAAGGCUGGCAAAGAAAUCUACGUUUCGGAGAUCACUAAGCGAACGCAGAACAGCGUAAAGAAGCAAAACAACUGGAACGAAGCUUCCUGCCAGAAGCGCACUGUUUCCAACCUUGGAAAAAUCAAGAAGAUACAAGAGAAGUACAAUCAUUUGGGAAUUGAUUUCUCGAGUCUUAUCGUGGAGCCUAUCAAGAAGUCCAAGGAAUCGCCAGAAGCCAAUGCACCAUCGACAAGCGAGGCUGCCAAGUCCAGCAAGAAGCAGAAAAAAGCAAAGGAGGUUCGCAUAGAAGACUUGCUGGGCACCACCAUCGAUGAAGACUCUGAUGACGAGGACUAUGUGGAUGCCUCCGAAGAUGAGUCUGAUCUUGAGUUUGAGGACGAGGAGAGUGCGCAGGGCAGCGAUGAUACCGAGGAUAGCGACGAGGAGCAGGAUCUUCCACCGCCGCCGAAAAAGUCACAGAAGAAAAACCCUCCUGUGGCCCGGCUGGAAGAUAAACUAAAGCGCAAACAUGGCGCUGGUGGCGUGCAGAAGAAGAAGCCCGCUCCGGCACCCAAGGCCAAUAAAAAUGCCGUCACACAGAAGCUGCAGCUGGCCGCAGCCAAGACGCUGGCCAAGCCGCUGCAGAAGGUCAAGUCCAAGAAGUUGAAGAAAUAGUCGUAAACUACAUUUUACUCUAAUUACUUAGUAAGCGAACAUUUGUAAGAGAAGUUGUGUUAAAAUAUGUCCCUGUACAAACUA